CCAAGCGAACCACGACAGCGGGCAAGUUCUGAUUGCUGAUAAGAUCUGGACACGUUUUGACGUGUGUUAUGCUCGGUGCCGGUGCAUUUUCCGCCCGAUCGACCUGUUAACGAGCCAGGAGCAGCUACCGGGAUCGAGAUGGUGCGAAAGUCGAUCCUCGUGUACGAUCUCUUGAGGACGGAGCAGCCGCCGCAAGGAUUCUCCGAGCGGGAAAUCAUCGAGCAGAUCAGCGGCAGGCACGACAUUACGGUGGGCAAAGGACUUCGGAGGCAGGUGGCUGUCGCCCUUCGCCGAGGACUCGAUUUUGGGAUCCUAGCCAAGAAGAACAACAGAUUUAGAUUCGAUCCGGACAAUGCGAAUGUGACCAGCGCGAAGCGCAAAGUUACGACAAGAAAAUCACGAUCGAAGAAGAAGAAGAACGGAAAGAAGAAGAGAACAACGAAGACGAGUCGCCGGUCGAGCAGCGUACGGAACAAAAAUCGGAAACAGGGUAAAUCGGUACCGCAGCCGAUGCUACCGAAGUCAUGGCUGCCCAAUAGAAGGAACAUUAUGCACGAACCUCUGCCCAGAGUCAAGAAGAUCUAACUCGACGCACUCUGUCCCCUUGACAAUUUUUUACUUGUUUACUUGUUUUUGUAACCCGAUGUAUUUUUCCCCUAAAUUUUAAUAUACUCGCAUAACGGUUUGUUAUGAGAAUUUGUGUUAAUCGACUUUCGAAAUUGUGCGGCGAUCAUUUUAUUAUCAUUUUAUUUUAUAAUAAUAAUUUUUUAAAUAAUAAAUAUUUUAUAAUUUUA